GCGCCGCCGCGGCCUCCCCGCCCCUCAGCCGGAACGCGCCGCGCGGGGCCGCGUUGCGCGGGGAAGGGCGCGCGGCGGCACCGGCGGCCGCCAUGGCGGUGGACAUCACCCUGCUCUUCAAGGCCAGCGUGAAGACCGUGAAGACCCGCAACAAGGCGCUGGGGGUGGCGGUGGCGGGGGACAGCGCCAGGGACGAGCUGCUCAAGCGGGGCACCGCCCGCUCCAAAAGCGACUUCACCAGCAGGGCGCGGGAGGUGAUUUCUCAUAUUGGAAAGCUGAAAGAUUUUCUUCUACAACACAGAAAGGAUUAUAUUAAUGCUUACAGCCAUGUUAUGUCUGAGUAUGUGAGGAUGACAGAUACAGAGCGUGACCAGAUAGAUCAAGAUGCCCAGGUGUUUAUGAGGACGUGUGCUGAUGCCAUUCAUCAGCUCAGAACAGAAGCACACAAGGGUGUCCAGUCUGCUCAGGUGAAGGAGCACAGAACAGCUGUCUUGGACUUCAUUGAAGAUUACUUAAAAAGAGUGUGCAAGCUGUAUUCUGAGCAAAGAGCCAUCCGAGUUAAGCGAGUGAUAGAUAAGAAGAGACUGUCCAAACUUGAACCUGAGCAGGGCAACGUGUCCAAAUCACCUCUUUCUGCUGAAAAAUCUUCACAGAGUGCUUUAGAGGAUUCUGAAGAAAAACCUUCUGCUGAGGAAAGCAAAGACAGGAAUCUGCCCGAUGCCCAAAGUAACCUUGGAUUAUGGGGGGAUAGCAGAGGUGAAGAUGAGCUGUCACCAGAAGAAAUACAAAUGUUUGAGCAGGAGAACCAGAGACUUGUUGGUGAGAUGAACAAUCUCUUCGAUGAAGUCAGACAAAUUGAAGGAAAAGUGGUGGAAAUCUCCAGAUUACAAGAGAUAUUCACUGAGAAAGUCUUGCAACAGGAGACUGAUAUUGACAAUAUCCAUCAAUUAGUUGUGGGUGCAACAGAGAAUAUAAAAGAAGGCAAUGAAGACAUAAGAGAGGCCAUCAAAAACAAUGCUGGAUUUAGAGUAUGGAUCCUCUUCUUCCUUGUGAUGUGUUCAUUCUCCUUGCUUUUCCUGGACUGGUAUGAUAAUUAAUUAAACAUAUAUUGGCUCCAUGCUCUGUUUGUAAAUGUUCUGACAUUUUUUUAGUGGAGCAGGGUAUAACAGCAUACCUAUGUAUUUUAUGCAUUUUCUCAUACCUCUAUGAUGGAAAUGUUUUCCAGUAAAUAAAUUGUGCACAUAUCCAUUAGUACAUUCAUUUUAAAUCCCUGUAUCAAAUAUAAAACCACACUUAUCCUCUGGAGAACACAAAAAUCUUUGAAAGAGCUGUGAAGAAAGCUACAAGCUGGAGCAGACCUAACAGAAGAAAAAGCAACAGUACUGGUUUUGUCACAGCCACCCACCUGUGCUGUGGGAAGUCCAGCUCCCAUCCCAGAGCAAGAGAAAACUGUUACUGUGCAGCAGCAUCUACGCUGUCUCAGGCGUUUAUUUCAUCACACCACUUCAGUACACAGUGAGCACUUUGCACAUAAAUGACCUUUACUUCUAAUCCUUUGAAACUACUUGUCUCAGAAAUCAGCUUGAUCUAAUGGUACUAAUAAUGAUAAGGAGUCAAGGAGAGAGCUUUACUUGUAAGUGAAAAGAGAGAAUACAACACAAACAGAUUGUGCAAUGAAACAGAUGUUCUGGGAUGCUGGAAUAAAGCCAACGGAUAGACAAUUCAACUCCUCAAAAGUACUAAAACCUGGGAGCAAUCUGUUAACUAAAAAAAGUCUCAAAACCAAGUGUAGAUAAGAGUCAAUAAACUCCCUCCUGCUUAAUCAGAUGGAAAAUGGUUUUGACUUCGAGAAGCAUAAACAAUCUGUUUCUCCUAGCUCAUAAGGCUUACUAAUUUUUAUUGUUUAUUGUUAUGAGGAGAAAAAGAAGUUGUUUCUCAUCAGUAUUUACUUUUGCAUUAAAGUUUUUAUUGUCCUAAAUUUAAGGGGAGGAGAUGUAUCGUGAAUCAUUUCUAUUUAGAACAGUUUUGGGAAACAGACCUUUCCAUCCUGUAAGAUCUGAAUGUCCUCUAUAAGUAUGCUGAUAUGAAAUGUGUGUGUUUUCCCAUCUCUCUUCUGAAAUGUAUAUUUCUUUACAUUUUAUGCAACAGGUAGCAUCUUUCUUAUUCUUUACUAUGCAUAGAGUGAAAAUGUCAAAAGUUACAUGUGAAUCAAUUGCAUUCAAUAAAGCAGAUACCUGUUAGAAAAUGCAAACAUGGUAUGUUUUAAAGAUCUUCACAUAAGCUUAAUAUUUUUAAUUGCAAAGAAAAAUUUGGCACAUAGCUUAUUGCUUCUUAGGCAUUCCACAUACCAUGAUGACUUAAUAAAAGCCUUUCACAGCUGCACUGCGUAAUGCACAUUUCCUAUCAAAUUUAGAGCACUGAGUCAUAAUGGUUAUUUUUACUGUAUUGGGAUGACAGGCUUCUGCUGGAGAAAACCAGAAGUAGAUCUGACCACAUUUGUUCUACUACAAAUCUUGAGAAACAGCUUUUACUGAUGUUUUCCCCUUAAAAAAAAAGGAACUUUUGACAUGUCCACUCUCCCUUGUCCCAUUCAAGUUACAUGAAUAAAAAAGGCAACUUGCUUGCCCAGAUGCUUCACACUUUUGUAUAUUAAAUUAAUAAGAUGUCUUUUUAUAAUGUAUAUUUAAGAUUUAUAAUAAAAAUGAAAACAUGAUUUCA